AUUUUCAUAUAUAGCCAUAAGCAGCCAACACAGCAGGGCAUAGAAGCGAGAGAGGAGCUGCAGAUCAGGACAAGCUAUUCGCUCUGUGUACAAUUUACUAUCAGCGCCAAUUUUGGCGGCAACGCUGAGAACUGUUGGUUUGCUAUAAAAUAUAUUGGCUGAUAUGGAGAGAUAUUUUUUGUCAUUUUCCCGCAUAUAAGCUACAAAUUUUUGCAACCGUUUAGUUUCGAGGGCGGCCACCAAAUAAUUUAUGGAGAGUAUAAGCCGUAUAAGUGUAGUACAAAAUAAUACUAAUACAGUACAGCUGAUAGUAUACAGGUGUAGCUUUAUACGUAGAGACUGUAUACACUGUACAAAGUAGUUAAUAUAUAUAAGUACUCUACACAGUACACGUCUCUCCCCGACUCUACAGUCUACACAGCUCGAUCUCUCUGUGACUCUUGCUCACUCAGGCACUCGGCUCCAGUGACCAGUCACCUCACAGCAGCGUGCUCCAAGAGGGAGCAGACAGUUCGAGUUGUGACGACGCGGCGCUUGCAAGAUGGCAGAUACGGUGAACGAGAUCGUGUCCGCGGAGAACCUGACCGAGUAUGUGCAGAACGCGACGGCGAAGGUGCCCUCGACUCCCGAGGGCAUGUUCAUCGCCUACAGCAGCCUCGUCAUCAUGGCCAUCCUGCCGAUCUUCUUCGGCAGCUACCGUUCCGUCAGGCACCACCGGGAGCAGCAGAAACACUUUGAGACCAGCGGGGAAAAGCCCGAGACCAUGAGCCGCAAGGACGCUGCCAUGUUUCCCUUCAUCUCCAGCAUAGCGCUCUUCGGACUCUACGUCUUUUUCCAGAUAUUCUCCAAGGACUACAUCAAUCUGCUGCUCACUGGAUACUUCUUUUUCCUUGGAAUCUUGGCCCUCUGCCAUCUCUCAAGCCCACUCAUCACCUCACUGGUGCCUGCUGCCAUUCCCAAGACCCAAUACCAUCUGCGUCUCACGGGAAACAGUGACGACAUCAUCAACUACAAAUUCAAUCUGCACGAUAUUGUUUGCCUGGUUUGCUGCUCCAUGUUCGGAGGUUGGUAUUUACUCCAGAAGCACUGGAUUGCUAACAAUCUGUUUGGAAUUGCCUUUGCAAUCAAUGGAGUCGAGCUUUUACACUUGAACAAUGUUGUUACUGGUUGCAUUUUAUUAUGCGGACUCUUUGUCUAUGACAUUUUCUGGGUCUUUGGCACCAACGUUAUGGUCACGGUGGCCAGAUCUUUCGAGGCUCCCAUUAAGCUAGUCUUUCCUCAGGAUUUGCUGGAAAAGGGGCUCAAUGGCAGCAACUUUGCCAUGUUAGGACUAGGAGACAUUGUUGUUCCUGGGAUUUUCAUUGCACUGCUGCUUAGGUUCGAUCACAGUCUCAGCAGAAAAUCCAAUACCUACUUUUAUUCAACAUUUUUUGCCUACUUUAUGGGACUGCUUGUUACGCUGCUCUUCAUGCAGUUGUUCAAUCACGCUCAACCUGCUCUGUUGUAUUUGGUACCUGCCUGUUUAGGAACUCCGCUCUUGGUUGCUCUUGUGAAGGGCGACUUGAAAGCUUUAUUCUCGUAUGAGGAUCAUCCAUCGGAGACUGCUGAAGAGGACAAGAAAGAAACCACACAAACAGGCAGUAAAAAAGAAAAAUAAAAACAGUUUUUUUACUGAUGAUAAACGUGAUAAUGUAUAAAACGUCGACACGUUUAAAGAAACGAGUCCACGUUUGAUACCUAUAAUGACAGUUGUCUCUCGAUGAGACAGGAAUCAUCAACUUGUGGAUACUUGUGUGUGUAUGUAUGUACAUUGACAUCAGUUGUCUAUCACAGAUCGCAGCCAUAGUGGCUGAGGAAGUAUUGAUGUUACUUCCUUUAAGAGUGUAUAAUUUUGAUGAAUGCUUUUUUCCUUACCAAUUUUUUAGCAUUAUGAAUAAUAGUUUGUUUCCUUUACACCAUUGUUUCCAAGAGUUAAAAAAUUGAUAGUAGGAAAGAUUCUUAGAUUAUCAAGUUUCUCAAGCAUCAUCCUUUGAUCUAAUGAAAAUCAUUCCACGACUAUUGAAAUUAAAACUUUGAUAUAAAACAAUAGCCUAAAUUUCACGAACCUAUUUUUUUGUCAACUACUUAUUCUCUAUUAGAAUGUCUAAGAAGAAAUAUGUUUGCCAAAGUAUAAUCAGCUAUACAUGGAAACUGUUGGCGAUUAAAUGAUUACUAUUACAAAUUAUUUGUAUUUAAACAGUUUUGAAAAAAGUGUAAAGACAAUUAAUAAUUAAGCAAAUCUUUAUUUUAAUGAGAUAGUCCUAACAGAUGUGUUCAUCAAUAAUUGAACGACUUUUUUAAUUUACAUCGUGCAAUGCUGAUGUAAUUAUUAUUCUUUGUUUACUUUUUAUCGAUUGAUGUAUAAAUUUAUAUUACGAUUGUAUUGUACUAUAAUUUAACACAGGGAUAACUGAUAGAUUUUUCUGAACAUUUCAAUAGUCUGGAUCUGGACAAUACGUGUUCAAGUUUUUAAAAAACUCUCUUAGAGUAAUUGUUUUGUUCAUUCUAGUUCAACACUCUGUCAAACCUAUUGCAUUUUGCAUCAAAAAUGGAAAACGUAUGUGGCUGAUUGAUUGUAGUGGAAAAAAGGUCAUUAUUUUCCAUUAUUGAGCGAAAAAUCUCGCGCACAAUAUUUAUGAAUUUAUCUUCCGCAAAAUUAUAAGACUUUAUGAAACUGAAAAUAUAGCAAAAUGCCAAUCAAGAAAAUAUACUAAAUGCGAUUCAAGUCUU